AUGACUACUGGUAGACCGUCAGACUCACCAUCCGCGCCUCAGGCUCCAGAAGUCUCCAAUGACGGAAACGAAAUACAUGCAGGGCCACCUACAGAAAUAACACCCGAGACUGAUCUGGCAUCUUUGUCUCAAUCUCAGUUAUACGAGUUGAACCAGAACCUGCUGGAGGAUAGCGUGCCCACACGAGCUCUCAUCGAAGACAUAGCGCCAAUGAGCGUGCUACGGGCCGAGUACGAGAACGGUUCACAGUCUUUCGUAAAGCAAAUCGACAGCUUGGUGGCUAAAGGAUUCGAUUCCAUCAGAAGGGCAAGAGGGGACGGAGACUGUUUCUAUAGAUCUGUCGCGUUUGCUUAUGUGGACAGCAUGCUCAAGGCUGCUGAUGUAGCAAUAGCUGCUGCGAGCGCAAUAUCCUUGUUGGAGUCCACGUUCCCAAUGCUGGAGCAAGCGGGCUUCCAGAAACUCGUCUUCGAGGACUUCUACGAUGUGCUAGCAUCGCUUCUGCAGAACAUUGCCCAGGGUACCAAUGACGGGAAAUCACUUGACUCAAAGAUUCUCCUUGCUUUCCAAUCGCCUGAGAUCUCGAACUCUAUCGUCGUAUAUCUUCGGCUACUAACGUCAGCACGAAUACGAACUGAUCCCAACGAAUACGCACCAUUCCUCUUCCACCCCGAAAUCGGCAUCCAACUCGAGCCCAGAGAAUUCUGUGAAGCGUUCGUCGAGGCCGUUGGGAAGGAAGCGGACCACGUACAAAUGACCGCACUCGCGCGCACUCUUCGCCUGAACCUGGACGUAGCGUAUCUUGACGGACGUUCGGCUGAUGGGCAUGUGGACUUUGUUGAAUUCAGGAACAGCGACGCGACGCCGUUGACCUUGUUGUAUCGCCCCGGGCAUUAUGAUAUCUUACUGAAAUCCGGCAAUGGUCGUGCAUGA